AUGGCACCAAGCCCACGUCCUCGUGUGGACACCAGCGCCCCUUUGUUACACGUGGAACACGUGCUCAAAACGGGAAAAUUGGUCGGUGACAUCGAACGGUUGCGGACGGUGGCGUGCGAAAAUCGGGAGUUGCUGAAGAAAAUUAAUCAAAUCUGCCGGAGUCGAGGUUUCCUGAACGUCAACUACAGCUACCGUGUCCACCAAAGUCUCAAUUCCGAAGCACGAACGCGCUCGGCACGCCUGGUCGAGUGUGAAAAUCGAAAACUACUUGAUCGGUUGCUACGGAAGCAAGCAGCGGUGCACAGCAACCUUCGACAGUGCGGAAAAAUAGACGCGUAUUUCUCCGGUUCGGCAGAAAACCCUCACCAGCUGACAAUCGAUUUUUGGGAACGCACCGAUCGGUGGUUGUGUCAGCUCAACGUCACCUUGCAGGAAAAGCCCUGUGAAGAGAAUCGGGCCGGUUGGAAGCGUGGAAACAUCUUUCGAAUCUUUCGUGACACCUGCCUGGUGCUACGAUCGCAACCGAUUUCCCAGGAUGAGGAAGUCACUGGGAGAGGGGAGAAUGUUUUGCGUGACGUUGCAAAAGGGUGCCUCGUGAGACAACGGCACGCGUCGAAGGAACAUUUGCUGCUAACGCUGCGGAAAAUCGGAACCAUUUCCGGCGCAACGCUCUUGGGACGAGUUGAUCCAGGUUCGUUUGAUAAACUAGAUGUACUAAAUUAUUAUGGAUCUAAAUUCGGUCGUUGCUUGGAGCCGCUUACUUACCAUGUAACUUUUGGGAAAACUUAG